AUGUCACUUGAAGAAGCAAGGGAGUUCGACAAGAAGUAUCCCACUUACAAAAAUGACUUCUGCAUACCCACUUUUGAAUCACUUGGUAUCACUAAUGAAAAAUAUCCCAAAGAUACAGAAUCUAUCUACUUGUGUGGGAACUCGCUCGGGUUGAUGCCAAAGCAAACUUCUACGGCAAUAAACAAUGAAUUGAAAGCUUGGUCAAUGCGAGCGGUCGAGGCUCAUUUUAGCCAUCCGUUUGAGAAAUUGACCGAUUGGGUCGAUAUCGAUUUACCGUGCAUUCCAUUGAUGGCUCCAUUAGUCGGGGCAAAAGAGAAUGAGGUUGCAGUAAUGGGAUCGUUGACAUCAAACUUGAAUGCUUUGCUCACUCAUUUCUAUAAGCCCAAGGGCAAGAGGACAAAGAUUCUUUUUGAAAAACAAGCAUUUCCCUCUGAUUAUUAUGCAUUUGUGAAUAUUGUCAAGUUACAUGGACUUGAUGAGACACAUUUGAUCCAAAUGGAAGUACCGCAAGGUGAAACAUACUUGAAAACGGAGUCUAUAUUGUCGUCAAUUGAUGCAAAUUUGGACGACAUUGCCCUUGUUUGUUUCCCUGGUAUUCAGUACUACACCGGCCAAUUCUUUGACAUAAAGACAAUAACAAACCACGUAAAGCGCAAAGCUCCAGAGAUUGUUGUUGGUUGGGAUUUGGCUCAUGCAGUAGGGAAUGUGCCACUUGAGCUACAUGACUGGCAGGUGGAUUUUGCUGCUUGGUGCUCUUACAAGUACCUCAAUGCUGGUCCUGGUGGCAUUGCUGGCAUAUUCGUUCAUGAAAUACAUACAAAGGAGAAUACGCCAACACGAUACGAGCCAAGGUUGGCUGGAUGGUGGGGCAACAAUAGUGCUGACAGGUUCAAGAUGUUGGAAAAGUUUGACCCCAUUGCAUCAGCAUUGAGUUAUAGACAGCUGAACCCCAGCGUCAUUGAUUGUGUAGCUCUACAAUCGUCACUACAAGUGUUUGAAAAAGUUGGUGGAAUUGAGAAAUUGCGGGAAAAGUCGUUGAAGCUCACCCAGUUCUUACAGGAUUUGUUGACCAGUAGCAAGUACUAUGUCCCACAAGAGAGUACAGAUGACUCCAAAUUCGGGUUCAAGAUAUUAACUCCUUUAUUGCCGCACGAAAGAGGAGCACAGCUUAGUGUACUUUUUCAACCGCAUAAGGACAACAAACAGGACAAUGUAAUGGAGAAAGUGUUUGAGUAUUUGCAUAAACACGCCAUUAUCUGCGAUGAGAGAAGACCCGAUGUUAUUAGAUUAGCUCCAUUACCAUUAUACAACACGUUUGAGGAAACGUACAUUGCCGUACAACGCUUGUUUCAGGCUUUAGAUCAUAUAGCAUCAGACUACAAAUAA